UUACUCUGUGAACUACAAAAGCAGAAGGAAGCUCAAAGUCUGCGAGAAAGCAACAGAAUUUUCCUUAGUCCCAUCGUUUCCCUCCAGAUCAGGGACUUGACUGCUUUGCUGCACUGCUGGAAUCCCUGCUGUAAGGUCCUGCUCUGCUUAUGAGCAAUCCAGUGCUCUCUGCCACCAAGAAACGAUCUGUAUUGUGUCAUGUAAUUGCUCAAGCGAUUUGUGAACAGCAAAGGAGGAAGUAAUCCCUCAUCCAUUAUUAACAAAUACAGCUACUGUGAUGUUGUGCGAGAAGUUUGUAGCUUUCAUUCGAGUCCUUUAAUACUGUGGUGGAAAUAUUUGAGGAUCUCUGAAGACACUGAGUUUAGGAGUUGCAGCUUUGUCAUUAAAAUAGGGUUUCAGUGUUAUUUGUAAACACGUAAUUGUUUCCUGCAAGAUUUGGUUUCUAUACCAUUCAGUGAUGAAUCUAACUGACGGUAACGCCACCUAUGCAAACAUUGUGGGCUUUGCUCACGCGAGCAACAGCAGCUGCCAGGUUGAUGCUAAAUUCAGAUACAUACUCUUCCCAAUUGUCUAUAGUCUCAUCUUCGUACUCGGACUUAUUGGAAACCUCUACGUGCUGUGGGUCUUUAAACUCAUGACCCCAGUAACGACAUUGACUGAGAUUAAAGUCUUCAUGGUGAAUCUGAGCAUAGCAGAUCUACUUUUUAUCCUGACGCUCCCUUUUUGGAUCGUGUACUACAGUACCAAAGGGAAUUGGAUCUUUUUGGAAAUCCCCUGCAGGGUGGCUGGCUGCCUAUUUUUUAUCAAUACCUACUGUUCUAUUGCGUUUCUUGUGGUGAUCAGUUAUAACAGGUACUGUGCCGUGGCACAUCCCAUAGAAACAGUUCAGAAUAAUGGCAGAAAACGUGGCUUCAUUAUAUCAAUAAUCAUCUGGUUUAUUAUCAUUGGCGGUGCAACCCCCUUCCUAUUUCAACAAGGAACCAACAUACAUGGCAACGUUACUCGGUGCUUUGAAGGAUAUGGCGAGAAAUCUUCCAAGCCUGUGGUUAUCAUCCACUUUAUUUUGAUUGGAGCUUUCUUCGUGGCCUUCCUUAUAAUUAUUGCCUGCAACCUAUGUAUCCUGAAACUGUUAUCGACACAACCGGGCCUACCGAGCAGGAGUGAGAAGGUGAAGAGACAAGCUUUCCGCAUGGUGUGUGCAGUCAUCAUCGUUUUCUGCAUCUGCUUCGUCCCCCAUCAUCUGGUGCACGGUCCCUGGACCCUCACUGUCCUGGACCUGUGGCGGAAGGAUGACUGUGAAUUCAGACGUGCAGUGAACGAUGCCCAUCAGGUCACACUGUGUUUGAUGGGCUUGAAUUGUACACUGGAUCCCAUCAUAUACUGCUUUCUGACCAAGAAGUUCAGGAAAUUUUUGACACAGCGUCUAAGUCAAUGGAAAAGUACUCGGAGGAGUGUGAGGACUAUCUCCACAGACACAAAUAUGGAUGGAGAGAUAGCUUUGCAGAGCACAGGCAACAAAUAAAGUGUGGUACAAAAGCAGAAAAUGCUGCAAAAACUCAGCCAGUUUGACAGCGUCUGUAGCUUCUUCUUCAGAGCUGUCAGAGAGAAGAGCAGCACUCCUUCAAGGUUGGCAUUCCCGGAACAGAAGUGGCAGUGAAUUAAGAAGGGCCUGAAGGGUCAGCCCUGAAGAAGAGUCAUAUGGAUUUGACACAUUAACCUUGUUUUUUUCUCUCUCCACAGAUACUGUCAGACCUGCUGAGCUUUUCCAACAUUUUGUUUUUGUUUCAGAUUUUCAGCAUCCGUGGUAUUUUGCUUUUAUCAUGAAGAUAAAAAGAUCAUGUUGCUGAUUGGACAAAACAAAUGUUGAUUUUUCCUGACUUGUAGAAUUUAUCUUUAUGUUUUUUUAAAAUGUUUUGACCUCACUGUCGAUAAAUAUGAGCAUUGUCUUGUUUAAUAUCAUGAGAUAACAUCUCUGCCAUGGAUAAGCUGUUCAGUUUCAAUUAUUUUUAAACAAGAGAUUUUUGUGGCAUUUUAGCAUUCAACAACAAUUUACAGCACUUUUAGUGUUAAAUUCACAGCAUGUUUUACCAAGAGGGAGGAAAAGUACAGAUGUCAUGCCACCUGGCGUCAGACUAGGGGUGGCAACUGACAUCUUGGUCAAUGAGGUGAGUUUUGAGACACUUUUCCAAGAUGGAAAGGGCAGUGGAGAGGCUUAAAGGUUCAGGAUGAGAGACCCAGACAACAAGACCAAUGUGCUUGAACUCUGCCGCUGAGAUGAGGGGAAAAUGGAUGCACAAAAGGCAAGAAUCAGAGAGUGAAAGGAUGUGAGAGGGAAUAUGGAGGAUAAAGCAGAAGACUUGCAGAGAUGGAGAUGAUAUGAGGGGAUGGAGGAAUUUGAAAAUGAAGACAGGCUAUCAAAUGCAUUAGAGGACAGGAAAUCAAUGUGGGAAAGUGAUUUAAUAUAUGCAUUAAGUUUUAGACAAGUUGAAGUUUGUGGAAGAAAGGGAGGCCAGUAGUGGAGAAAUUAAGUCUGGAGAUGACAGAAGUGUGGAUACGGGUUUCUGUGGUGGUGGUUUGAGGUAGGAACAGGGUGGGGAAGGGGGAUUUGUUGCAGAUUGGGCACAGUUAUGAAACUUCCCUGACCAAUGGGAAAAUAACUAUUUGAGCCUGACAAGUAUGAAAAGUGGCCAACUGAGGAAGGUGCUGAAGGUCCAGAAUCCAUUGCACCAUUCUCCCAGAAAGGAGCCAAUUGUCCAGAAGAAGUGGAGAAAGAAGAGAGAAAAGUUAAAGAAUUGUUAACUUUUAGAAUAAAUUGUUGCCUAGCACAUUAAGAAUGGGCUUAGUUGAAGCAUUCUGAAAAAGGAAACUGUCAGAUUGAUGGUCAAAAAAUGGUUACAUUCUUGGUUCUUUAACCCAUGUCGCUCUGGAUAUUUUUGAUUUCUACCUUUCAGACUGCUCCCUGUAUGUGGUCUUUGGCCUCAAGGUUAUUUUAAUAUAAAUAUUAUUGUGCACCCAAAAUUGUUAACCUGUUUUUGUUGUUAUGGCAACAGCUGUUUCUAUCCCAUGUUUCCAUGGGAUCCUCCCUGGUAUAAAUGGAUAUUAGAGUUACACAAAGACUAGACCUUAUUUUAGGCUUUAAGUAGCAAAUUGAUUAGACAGCAUAUAAGAAGGCUAAUAAGAGCAGAAACAUAACAUGAUUACAGAAGCUUUUGCUCUGUGAUAACUUUUCAUAUAAUGGAAAGUAAUCACAGCUCAACACUCCAGUGUUGUGACCAUAACUGCUUAUCUCACAUUGGUUUUUAGCGCUUCCCGCACCAAAUUAUUAAAUUGUUUGGUUUAUCUUAUUAUCUUCGGAGAUUCAGCCAGACAGUUUUUCCUUGAAGGCGACAGGUCAAGUUCAUUGACUUGAAAAAUGUUGGCUAAUAAAUAUUUUAAUAACAGUAAUCGGAGUUUCUUGAGAUUAAGUAACGGUCAGUUGAAUUCACAAAGCUGCCAGUCAGAUACAUAUUCCCACAAAACCCACAGCAUCUAGAAUGCAGAGCUUGAAUUUCAUUCCAUGAUGUAACCUAGAUUUUGUGAUAUUUAAUUGUUAGUCUAGCUUUUGCUUUAAAGCUAUGGCUGAUAUACUCCUUAUAGGCUAGUGAUCUAAAUUGGCAGGUUGUCAGAUUAAUUAGAGGUGAAUUAUUUUUCUUGGGAGUUUUCUCAGCUUCCUGUCUUUGUGUUGAAGCCAGAUUAUUUCAAGAGGCAAAAAGACAACAUGAACUGACAUCCUCCUCCUUUUUGUGUUUAUUUUAAAGAAUAUUUAGCUAUGAUUUACAAUUUUAUAUGAGAUAUGACAGCUGUGUUUCAAAAACCCUCAUGAAGAUUUGGCAACGGCUGCCAUCAUUUAUUGAGCUUUGCGGGUUCUUACCUAAAACCGCCGGGUAUAGUUUUAUAGUGCAGCCAAAAGAUUGGCAGGAGGAUAGGGACCUGGCAGUAAUCAUUCCCAUCUACAGUCGUAUGCUAAUGAAGCAGUGACUCUGGUAAAGCUUGCAUCGCAGGCAGUCUUACCCUCUCCUCAAAAAAGGGAAGAACAUUGGCAGGAGUGUGAAGCCACUGCCUUUAACUGCAAUGCAGGCCCUUCAGGGUGGUGAAAACAGAUUCAAUAGUAACUUUCAAAAUGAAUUGGAUAUAUAAGUAAAGAGGAAAAAUCUGCAGAAAGAGGCUGGAACUUCCAGACAUUGGAUGACUCAGCUGGUAUAGGCCAGAUAGGCCAAAGGGCUUCUUUCCACUCUGAGAUUCUACUAAAUCCAAAUCUCUGACUGUUGAUCAUGUCCUGCCAUAUUAAAGCUGUGAAGAUGUUUUCUUGCUUUCUCUUCAGGUUAGAAAUUCAGGUUAUUGAAUAAAAAUCCCUGUGAGGGAAUGUUCAUUGUAAUUAACUCGAGUUCAAGUGCUUGAGUACAAAUUUUGAGCUUGUCUACGCAUUCAGUGGAGAUUUCUGCUUGGCUCAGUGGAUGUGCAGUGGAAUUUCUUUUGGGGGAUUAUAAGGACUUAAUGCCUAAAUUGGACUCCCGAAUUUCAUUAAGACAAUGAAACAGCUUUUGUUUGUCUUUCCAAUAAGCACAUCUGCAAAGGAGGCAGUGGCUUCAGAAUGGCAUUGUUAAAGGUGCUUUUGUGGAACUUACUCACUCUGGUGAAGCAUUGCGCUCCCUAUGACAAACAUGUGUUUGGAGAACAAAAACGGAAUUACGUGGAAAAACUCAGCAGGUCUGGCAGCAUCGGCGGAGAAGAAAAGAGUUGACGUUUCGAGUCCUCGUGACCCUUCAACAGAACUGAGUGAAUCCAAGGAAGGGGUGAAAUAUAAGCUGGUUUUUGGUGUUUGGAGCAUCUCUGUAAUUUAUCCAAGGUCUUUGAUGCCUCCUGUUUGAACUAUACCUCACGGACUAUCUAUAAAAUGAACCUGUCCUGCCCAAUCUUCUAAAGUGUGUACAGCUGAACAUCCCAGUACAUCAAUGUAUCAUGUGGCAAAUCAGCCAGUGACUUCAUGAAAUAUAAAUCAACACUUCCAUGUUGAGGAAAAUGGUUGCAAAAAAGCCACAGCUACAGGAAAAAUGAGUGCUAGCUACAGUUAAUGUUCUCUCAGUGCAUUGGUAGGAGAGGAUGGCUCCUGCAGAAUAAGCUACAUCAAGCCAAGGUGGGACUGCAGCAGCACCUACAUCGACUUGGUGGAAGACCAGUGCACAACGAUGCACCGAAAAGCUCCUUUAUAAAAUUCAGCACUCAUUCGCUGUACUAUUGUUUUGUGUUUCUGUAAAUGAAUUGGGUUUGUGAAGAACAUUGCUUAGCAAUUUUCAUUUGUAAGUUCUAAUUUAAAUUUGCAAUUUUGUGAAUAAAUAUUUUUACAAAUCAA